UGUGUAUGUAUAAAAAAUGGCUUAUUUUUUUUUCUUUUUUUCCUUUUCUUCUUUUUCAUAAACUUUCUUAUUGAAAGACCAACCGCAAAAGACCCUCAUAUUUGCACCUCUUUUAAACGUAAAAAACACCUCACUUAAUUAUUAAUAACCUCGCUGUAAUACUCCUUUAUAAAGUAUUUUCAGUUUUUGAUUCUUUUCACAACCCCUUUUACUAUUUUCUUCUAUCGGACUGCAACUAAGACCAGUCCGUCCUUGCCCAUCACGGCCGUAGAAACAAGACUCGUAGAUAGCUUAUUUGACCGACGAGGUUUCCCUCCUUGGCUUUCUUGAAGACCAUCACUUUUGAACCCUUUGCUUAACUAAAUAAUCUCACCAGCUCAAAGAAACCUCUCUUCUUGCCUGCUCUCUCUCUCUCUCUCUCUCUCUCCCUCCACUUUAUAAAAACAAGCCCAUACACGAAAAAAAAAAUGCCCUCUAACCUUGAAACUAUUGUUAUUAACCCUCCUCGCGACUUAGUCAACCUUUUCAAGUCCGUUCCUUCUCCUGACGUCAACGUUCAUAACCAAUCUGUAAGAGAAGUUAUUCAGGCCAAGCUUGAUUCUAUCUCUAACCAGAAAUGGGAAACCGAUCAAGAAAAUGCCUUCUUUGUUGGUGAUUUGGGCGAAGUCUUUCGUCAACAUUUGCGCUGGAAAGCUUUGCUUCCUCGAAUUGAACCCUUUUUUGCCGUCAAGAGUAACCCCGAUCCUAUGGUCGUAAAGCUAUUGGCCUCUUUGGGUUGCGGUUUCGACUGUGCCUCCAAGCAAGAGAUUCAACAAGUUCUGGACUAUGGUGUUGACCCUAGUCGCAUCAUCUAUGCCAAUCCUUGCAAACAAGCCUCUUUUAUUCGUUACGCUGCUCAACAAAGCGUCUGCCGUAUGACAUUCGAUAAUGCCGAAGAACUCUACAAGAUCAAGAAGCUUUAUCCUGAUGCCGAGCUUGUACUGCGUAUCUUGACUGAUGAUUCCAUGUCUUUGUGUCAAUUGGGUCUUAAAUUUGGUGCUCCCUUGCAUACUGUUCAAGACCUUUUGCAAACUGCCAGGGAUUUGGACUUGAAUAUUGUUGGUGUUAGUUUCCAUGUUGGUAGCGGCUGCCUUGAUGAAAAUGCUUUUGGUGAUGCUGUCUUGCGUGCUAGAAAAGUAUUCGAUCAAGCUGAACAAAUGGGUUACAAGCUCUCUCUCCUUGACGUAGGUGGUGGUUUCCCUGGUGCUGAUGUGCAAGAUGGUAUCACCUUUGAAAAGGUUGCCGCUGUCUUAGGUCCCGUGGUUGAUCGUUGCUUUGAUCCUAGCAUUCGCGUAAUUGCUGAACCUGGUCGCUACUACGUUGCCUCUGCUUUUACCAUCUGUACCAACAUCAUUGGUAGAAGAACUACUCUUCCUCCUCCCCCUGCUGCUUCUAACUAUGAAGAGCAACUCGUUGAACAAAAGUACAUGUACUACGUUAACGACGGUAUGUACGGUUCUUUCAACUGUAUCAUCUUUGAUCAUCAAGUUGUUCGUCCCAAGGUGUUGAUGAGAAACGAAGAAUUCACGUAUGGCCAAGAAGUUGAAGAGAUUCACUAUGAUAGUAGUGUUUGGGGACCUACUUGCGACUCUAUUGAUUGUCUCAACAAGUCUACCCGCUUGCCUACACUUGAACCUGGGGAUUGGCUUUACUUUGAAAACAUGGGCGCUUACACUAUUUGUGCUGCCUCUCAAUUCAAUGGGUUUAGAAAAUCCGAAGUUAUUUACACAAACACUUUUUGUUAAACUGUUUUUUUUUUUUUACUCAAUAAACUGAUUUACUUGAUUAAAUCUUAU